AUGUCCAGUCUGUGCUGUCCGGCUGACACCACUUCUUUGGGCACCAGCUAUGGCGGUCCUGGUGUCCGACUCGCCAACUUCACAAUUGGAGCCGGUGCAGCUAACGAGACUCUUCUACUCUCUCGUAUCCGCACUACCUCGUUGAAUGAGGACCCGCUUAUCACGCGUGGGGGAGGUCCCCCAAUCCUUCCAUCGCCCAUAAAUGAGGCAGAUCAGAGUGCUUCUCUAGGGGCUUCCUUACCUAUUGCUGCUACCAGCAGCGCUUCGAAUUCCAAUGAGGCAUCCUCCUGCCGAAUUAUUAGACAGUCAUCUCGAUUUUCCAUAGUGAGUUGUUCCACUAGUGGCAUUGGCAGUCGAGAAUGGGCCUUGUCUGGGGGUUUGGAGUCAGCUAGCUGUUUUAGUACGCCCAGCCAGCUUGCCGGUGAUAUAGCUUCAAGUGAAGCUCAUCACACUCUUACAGCUGGUAUUGAGUCUUCAUUUGCUGGUGCCACAACUACUCCAGCUAACUCUUCAGCAAGGAGAGCAGUAAGUCGACUCUCGCCUAGAUCAGAGGAAGGAUCUUCAUUGGAGCCUGCUCAUUUAGUAAACUCGUCUUUCAAUAAUGAAGAAUCAAUGCAACUUGGCGAAGAUGAAUAG